UUGUCACUUUUUAGUUGUUGUAUUGCCGGUUUCGUUGCCACUUAUCGUUCGCCAAGGGUUAACGACUUGGUGCAAAGCGGUUAUAAAUUUUGUGUAAAAUCUAAGAUACAAAUUGAAAAUAGUAACCAAAAAUAAAUCAUGUCAUUCAUUGGACGUUCACUGCUACGCAAUGCAUCGCUGCUAAGCAAAGGCAUUGCUGCUCAACACAAGCAGGCCGCACGUCUGCUGCAUCAGACUGCUCCCCUUUGCGCAGUGCGCGUUCAACAGCCGGCGCCUGAUUUCAAAGGUCUCGCUGUGGUCGGCAACGAUUUCCAGGAGAUCAAACUAGAGGACUACAGAGGCAAAUAUCUGGUGCUCUUCUUCUACCCCCUGGACUUCACUUUUGUGUGUCCAACUGAAAUUGUUGCAUUUAGCGAACGCAUUAAAGAGUUCCAGGAUAUCAAUGCUGAGGUUGUGGGCGUCUCGGUUGAUUCGCACUUCAGCCAUCUCACCUGGUGCAAUGUGGAUCGCAAAAACGGAGGCGUUGGAAAACUCAAGUAUCCCCUGCUUUCCGAUUUGACCAAGAAGAUAUCUGCUGAUUAUGAUGUGCUCCUCGAUAAGGAGGGCAUCUCGUUGCGCGGCACAUUCAUCAUUGAUCCCAAGGGCAUUUUGCGUCAGUACUCGAUCAAUGAUUUGCCCGUCGGUCGCUCCGUGGAUGAGGUGCUGCGUUUGAUCAAGGCCUUCCAGUUCGUCGAGGAGCACGGCGAAGUGUGCCCGGCUAACUGGAAUCCAAAGACAAACCCGGCCACCAUUAAGCCCGAUGUGGACGAGUCCAAGCAAUACUUCAGCAAACACGGCUGAACAGCAUCCAAAAACAA